AUUCCACUAUAUAAGAGCAGCAACAGACACAAACAGGGCAGGACACAGUUGUUGUUAAAUAUUCAAUUCUUUCAGUUCAAUUUGUAUGUUCUGUGAUGUGUAAGGGUCUGUCUGCACUCCCAUCCUCAUGCCUGGAGAAGGCAAAGGGCAUGAGGGUUAAACUAUCUCACCUGGCCGAAAAACAGGAUUGGGGACACAAAAACAGAGCUCACGAAGAAAAGCCGCCACAGGACCUGGAAUCUCUGCUUAACAGCAACAUGGGGCUUCAGGCCUUCCGCUGGUUCCUGAGGUCAGAGUUCAGUGAGGAGAAUCUGGAGUUCUGGUUGGCAUGUGAAGAUUACAAGAACUCCUCAGGAUCGAAACUGGCACCAAAAGCCCAGAGCAUCUGCAACCAGUUCAUCAACCCUGAUGCGCCUCUUGAGGUGAAUUUGGACAGUGAGACCCGUGAAUCAUUAAUGGACCUGGAGGCACCCACAGCCGACACGUUUGAUGAAGCUCAGCACCGGAUCUUCUCUCUCAUGGCUAAAGAUUCAUUUCCACGUUUCAUGCGUUCUUCAUACUGUAAGCAGCCACUGAAAGCUCUGCAGAGCACCACCUGCUAUUAAACCUGUGGGUUAUUGUUUAAAGGGACAGUACACCCAAAAAUUAAAAGUCUCUCAUCAUUUACCCACCCUCAUAUCAUCGGUGUAUGACUUUCUUUCUUCUGCAAAACACAAAGAUUUUUAGAAGAAUAUUUCAGCUCUGCAGAUCCAUACAAUGCAAGUGAAUGGUGACCAGAACUUUAAAGCUCCAAAAAGCACAUAAAGGCAGCAUAAAAGUAAUCCAUACGACUCCAGUGGUUUAAUCCAUGUCUUCAGAAGGGAUAUGACAGCUGUGGGUGAGAAACAGAUCAAUAUUUAAGUCCUUUAUUUCUAUAAAUCUCCAUUUUCACUUUCUUCUUUUGUUUUUGGUGAUUUGGAUUAUUCGUGUAGUUCGCCAUUAUUGGGCAGGGUGGAGAUUGUAAUCAAGCUUGAAAUCAUGAUCGUGCCUAAAGACAGCAAUGGCAAGAUGUUAUAUUUUGUUCUCCCCCUAAAAUGAUCAGAUCACUUAAGAAGACAUGAAUUAUACCAAUGGAGUCGUAUGGAUUACUUUUAUGCUCCCUUUAUGUGCUUUUUGGAGCUUCAAAGUUAAUUUGCAUUGUAUGGACCUAAAGAGCUGAAUAAUUCUUCUAAAAACCUUCCUUUGUGUUCUGCAGAUGAAAGUCACACACAUUUGGGAUGGCAUGAGGGUGAGUAAAUGAUGAGGGAUUUUUCAUUUGUGAGUGAACCGCUCCUUUAAUGACUCAUAGCCUUGUUAACUGCAAAUAGACGUGAAAAGUGUUUGUAUACAUUAAUCCCGUGUUAGGUAGAGUUUAGCAUGUAUUGUUUUUGCUUUAUCUGUUGUUUUUAAUCAAGUAGUCGCCCAUCAGGCCUUUAUAUCAUUACUAAUGAUGAUUUAAUAAAGUGAAUUGUUUCCAAAGGGAGCUCAUUAUUUAUGAAAGCAAGUUGUCAGUCAAACACUGAGAGCCAAUCAGAGGUCUGGCACUCCAAGGUGAGCAAAAUAAAUGAAUCACCACUUUCAGCCAACCCAGAGCCAGUAACUCAUCCUGAUGGCCGUGUGGAAAACCUUGAGCUGAUAAAUCCUCACAGGGAAUUACAAGCGCUGGAAAACAUGAGUGGUGCUUGCCCAUGCAAAACACGCCACCACUGGUGUAAGAUCACAAACAGUUGUCAUUUUAUUUAUAGUAUAAAAAUAAGCUAAAAUAGCCACAUUAAGUGUCUAUGGUCUGCAGUGAGCAAACAUCAAACCACAUUUCUUAUCUUGCAGAAUCCAUAAAAUCUUCCAGUCAAGAGAUCAGUCUUUACAAUAUGUCUUCUAGCGCCACCUCGUGUCCAUACAGCAAAUUACACUGUUUGCAUGCAAGCAGUUCAUGGCAUCUUAAGCUGUGCUCAGGUCCUGUUGUGUAAUUGGGAUGAUCCUGCAGCAGGUUUUGGGGGGUCCUGAUGUCCGA